CUGCACACCAAGUUUCUACCUCUAGAUCUGAGGUUUUCGUUGCUGAGAAGCCUGAGAUAGCAGUGCUACCAAGAAGUCAUCUCUGAAACAAGGGAAAUGGAAGACAGUGAUAUGUUACCUCAGAUCAUCCAAAGCAUACUAUCAACAUCUCAUUCUCUGUUUGCAAGAAGUAUCCAAGGACUUGAUGAAGAUGUCACCACACCUUAUGACUAUGAUAAUGGUGAGCCAUGUCAUAAAUACAACGUGAAGCAGAUGGGUGCCAAGAUCCUGCCCCCACUCUACUUUCUGGUAUUCAUCUUUGGUUUUGUGGGGAACUUGUUGGUCAUUAUCAUUCUGAUAAGCUGCAAGAAGCUGAAGAGCAUGACUGACAUCUACCUGUUCAAUCUGGCCAUCUCUGACCUGCUCUUCCUGCUCACUCUCCCAUUCUGGGCUCAUUAUGCUGCAAAUGAGUGGGUCUUUGGGAAUAUAAUGUGUAAAUUACUCACAGGACUCUAUCACGUUGGUUAUUUUGGUGGAAUCUUCUUCAUUAUCCUCCUGACAAUUGAUCGAUACUUGGCCAUUGUCCAUGCUGUGUUUGCUCUGAAAGCCAGGACAGUCACCUUUGGGGUGAUGACAAGUGGAGUCACUUGGGUGGUGGCUAUGCUAGCCUCUCUCCCAGGAAUAAUAUUUACUAAAUUCAAAAAAGAAUAUGAGCAUAACACCUGUGGUCCUUAUUUUCCAUUAAUAUGGAAGAAUUUCCAUGCAAUAAUGAGGAAUAUCUUGAGUCUGGUCCUGCCCCUACUUGUCAUGGUCAUCUGCUACUCAGGAAUCCUCCACACCCUGUUUCGUUGUAGAAAUGAGAAGAAGAGGCACAAGGCUGUGAGGCUCAUCUUUGCCAUCAUGAUUGUCUACUUUAUGUUCUGGACUCCCUACAACAUUGUUCUGUUCCUGAACACCUUCCAGGAAUACUUGGGACUGAGUACCUGUAUGAUUUCCAAUCACAUAGACCAGGCCAUGCAGGUGACAGAGACUCUUGGAAUGACACACUGCUGCAUCAACCCUGUCAUCUAUGCCUUUGUUGGGGAGAAGUUCCGAAGGUAUCUCUCCAUAUUCUUCAGAAAGCACAUUGCUAAAUUUCUCUGCAAACAGUGCCCAGUUUUCUACAGAGAGACAGCAGAUCGAGUGAGCUCAACAUACACCCCUUCCACUGGGGAACAAGAAGUCUCAGUUGGGUUGUAAAGCAAGGGGCGGUUUGCUUUUUUUAUUUUUUUAUUUUAUUUUUCUAAUCAGGGUACAAGGAACAGUUUGUAUAUGGUAACAAGCUUCAAAGCCAGUAAAUCUCACACCUUUGGUUCUCAACCCCUUGGGGCCUGGAAGGCCCUUUCAGAGGGGUUGCCUAAGACCAUCAGAAAAUACAGAUAUUUACAUUACAAUUUAUAACUAACAAAAUUACAGUUAUGAAGCAGCAAAAAAAAUUAUGGUUUGGGAUCACCACAACAUGAGGAACUGUAUUAAAGAGUCACAGCAUAACAAGGUUGAGAACCACUGCUCAAAGAUACACUGAAGAAUAGGUGUCCAGGAACCUUAGGAUUAUGCCAAGAUAGAACUACAUCACUUCUUGUACAUAUAAUACAUGCUCAGGAAACAUUCUAGAAUAAAUGUUGGUAGAAUCUUCAGCUUUCCAGUGAAUUCUUCUCUGCCUCUGGGAAGAGCAUUAUUUUCUGUGGUAAUACUAUUUUGCCAGUCUUCAUUUUGCUUCCCCCUGUUUCUAACAAGAUGAGCUUGGAAUGAAUAUGAAGAAGGGUGUGAGGAUUUCAGGACUGAGUGAGAAGGGGGAUGAGACAAGCAUUGUUGAUUCUGGAUGAAGAUGAAAGGGAGCAGGAGCCCUUUUCAUUUGGAAAGAAAUGUUCUGUUCCAUCUCCCACCUGUAUUUAAUUACGAAGGUGUUAUCAGGUUGAGGAAAAUCUCGUUGGGAACUUUAUUUGAGCCCCCUGAUCCUUUUAUACAUAACUGCAUUGCACAUUUUUACUUUGUUAUUUUUACUAUGACAACAUGGAAAAUCUUUUCACUAUCACACUCCAUUGCUUACAUGUUUCUCAAGCCACAACUCUUUACAUAAUAUUUACAAAAUUAUUGCUUAUAAAAUAUGCUUCAUCACUGGUUAGCCACUUGUUUUGAUAUUUCCAGGAAGAGCAAAGACUGGAGGUAGUGAGUGACCAAGAGUGUGGAGAAAAGCCAAUCCCUCCAUCAGACACAGAGGGCUGCAGCAAAAAGGCAGGGGAUAUGUGGGUUAGCAGUGGGGAUAUGUUUAGAACCACAUAGAAUCAGAGCCAAAAUGGAUACCUCAGUGCUGAGGAAAGGCUGCUGUGUGGGUGUAAAUUGGUGUUAUUUCAUUGCUCUUCCUGCUGUCCCACAACCUUUGCACCUGCCUUCUUUCCCCAUGGUCUUUAUUUUCUAACUUCCAUACUUCAAAUAUCAGUGGGCCAGAGAAAAGUAUAUUUGAAACAGCCAAGUGUGAGCUCCUGGAUACUCCCAAGAGAGAAAAAGCACUGGGUAUGUUUUGUGGUUAAAGAAAGGGAUGGAACAGAAGCCUAGAAACAUAUCUUAAUUACCGGGCAGGACAAGCCUAUAUAAAAAAGAUUAUAGAUGGAGUGAGAAGCAUGUCACAGCCUAUCUUCUAUUGCCUUAUUUCUGUAAACAAACAUAAUUCAAAGAUUUUAAAAAAUCAAAAUUAGAAAAAAUGAAAUAAAGACUGAAAACUUUUAACUUUUAAAUGUGGCAAAAUACGUCUAUUCUUAACUUGCUAGCCUUGAAUGUAUUGCAUUAGUUACAGAGAAAAUUCUGGCUCUGAGUAUAAGAGCUGACAACAGCUCUGGAUUGGCAGGGCCUUGAGUCUGUGAUCUCAAUAUACCCAGUUAUGGUUAUAUAGAGUCUAAGCCACCGGGAACCCAGCAUAUGCUACACAGAGGCCUUGUUCUCUCAGGCUUGUUUUCCCCAAAACUCCUUUGUGUUGUUCUUCGUGGAUGUGCUAAUGAUAAUAGAUUGUCCUUUGGGUGCGUAGGAACCCCAAGUCAAGUCAGCUUCUAAUCAAAGCUUUAACAAUUUAAUAUACAAAGGAGAAGAGUUAGACAAACUCCUUCUCAUAUGAAAAAUAUCUCCCCUGAAUGAACCAAAAAUUCUUUUCCCUAUCCCAUAUUGUUUUUCUCAUCUGACAGAAGAAGCAAAGAAAGAAACAAACUGGAAGUCUUUGUGGUUUGGCUUUGUUAUCACAUGAUAAAAAAAGUUUCUGGAAGAAGUGGAGGAUAAGAGUAUCACCUUCAGAUAUCCUAAGAGUUUCAUUUUAGUGAUGAUGAUAUGUAAAUAUUUUUAAAAUCCUAUGAUUUGGGAAAUAAAAAAUGUUCUGUCUAUAUCGCUAGAAAUAUUAAAAAGAAACAAGCAUAUGUUUUGUUA